AUGCCGUUCAAUUGGAACCGUAGACGGCAGGCCGUGGCAGCCAAAAGCUCACAAUCUGCAGCUGAUGACCAUUUGUCGAAUGAUGCUUCUCUAAAAGCAGCCCAGGCGAUUUUCAGGAAAAACGAGACGUCAAAAUCGAGUGCCAGCAAAGUAGCCACUCGUCCCACGCCGCAGCCGCGCAGGAGAAUCACAAUCUCGUCUCAGAAACCACAGGUCAGGCCAAAGCAACCGGUAUCGGUCCAAAGAGUCAAGCCGGCAGCCCAGAACCCUCAAUCAGCAGCAGCUGCAGCUGCUGCAAAGGCCCAAAAGAGUAAUCUCACAGUAGAGCCUCGUAUCAAACCGUCAAAAUCCAGCAAAUUCGGCCACUUGUGGAACCCUUCCUCCUCGAAAGACUCUAAACAACACAUCCCAGUUUCUCCGCCGUCAACAACAGAUUCGCCCGUUUUAGAUGCAAACCAAAGAAACUCCAAAGGCCAGGACGACGACUUUGUAGAAAUCAUUGCAAAAUUACAAGCUACAAGAGAAAACAAUCCGUCUAGUAAACCUAGCAGGCCGGACAAGUCAGGAAGCAGUUCGCCAAGGAACUAUCUAUCCACAGGUAGCACUACGUCUCUCAACACAAGCUGUGAAGACGUUGCUCGACUGCACCAUCAAACGCAUAGCAAUGGUCCUCCUCUUUUGUCUCAACAAGAUCCUCACCUGGGUAGUCGAGCAAGUGGGUUCAACUCAAGCGACAACCUUUCCCCAAACACGCCGUGCGAAAACCUCGCCUUUUUGAAUCCCAGAGCGAACUCCAGUAGGACAAUCACCAUAAGACGUCCAACGUCUAGAAACCAGACCAGAGAGGACGUUAGUGACAGCGUCUCAAUUUCUUCUGCACCAUCAUCUGCAUAUUCUGGUGUUCCCACAGUGGCUGCUGAGCUGCCGAGUGACCAAAAUCUAUCUGAGUUCAGCGUUUCUCCGCGGGCAGGUCCCUAUCGGCAUGAGUUGGCGCGGUCAUCGAUUGACCAGACCAGUUCAACCGCUGAUCUAUACUCGGAACGCACAUCGGUAGACGGAUGGGGUAAAGGCCCCCAAAACGUCAAGUAUCACGGAACGUUACCAGAUUUAAUACCAAAUCAUACUCGCGAUAAGAAGAAGGGCCGACUGAGCUCCAUUUUCGGUCGAAAACCCAAGGGCUCCGAUGUGAGUGCUAGUAACCCGAAUGAUAGUUUUGCGAACAAAAAUAGCCAGCCCACACGUCUGAAGACUACGAUGAGGACGACAAGCAAUGAUUACGAGGAACCCGAAGUGGAGGAAAGUAGCGACGAAUAUGAAAGCAGCUCAGAAAAUGAGGACCCACUAGCUACGACCAAGAAAAAGAAACCUAAGAAACGCCGGGUGCGUAUUCGGAAACAUAUACAAAAGGCAUCGGGUCACAAUCAUUCACACAGGCGCGCGUUCAAUGAGGACAAGCCUUGGAAGAGUCAUAUCGACAUCGGGUUCGUUACACAGGCCGAGCGGAAACGUUACGAGGGUAUCUGGCUAACAAAUCGCAACUGUUACUUGGAGCUUCUUCCAUGGUGGCACGAGCCUGAGGCCGAAGCUGCUAAGGCGGUCGCGGACGAUGAAGGUCUGAUGUUGAAUUUAGUCGUGUUGGCCAUAUGGAGCAGAAGCAACCUGCCGCGGGAUAAGCUGGCUGCGAUAUACGACAUGGUGGACACGAGAAACGACGGGACUCUGGACAGGAAAUCUUUUCUUGUUGGCAUGUGGCUCGUUGAUCAAAGUUUGUACGGCCGGAAACUGCCGUCUAGGAUCUUGCCUCGAGUGUGGGAAAGCGUUGAUAAAUAUGUGAUAAAUGUGCCCAACGAGGCCCAAUUGGGACUAAAUCAUGAAAAUAAGCAGAAACAAGUGAAACAAGAGCUGAAGCAAUUGAAGAAGGAGCUCAAGCGUACUCAGACAUGA